GCGACUACUUUACAGCCCAAACCCCGAACCAACCUUCUAUCAUGCGCAAGUCCUUCUCUAUCUUCCUCCUCAUCUUUCUCAGUCUCUUGGCCGCGACCACCUAUGCUGUCGCGGCGCCCCAGAAUGACACCGAACAAGUCGAGGAACCCGACGAGAGCUCCUCGGAAGCGACUCGAUGUGUUCGCCGCUGCUACCAGUGCCCCCGCAGAUCUCGCUGCCGAAGGGCUCCGGAGAUCUGCCGCCAUUUUGGCUACGGCCGCGGUUACCAGUAUGCCUGCUUCUGGGAUUAUCGCCACUAAACGUCCUAAGGUCGCCUCUUCAAGCCCGCGUGAGCAGAGUUUUCACACACACACAGAGACCCUCGCGCCAUCUAGAUACGAUUUAGCGCGUCAACUUUGUCCAUAUACGAUUCUGUACAGUUGAACCUCCAUAGUUCCAUAGUUUGCAUCAUUAUGGAGGGACAAGUCCCGUAUUCAAUCAAAUUGAAACUGGUAUUAUAUGUUACAAUCCAAG